GGUUGCUCGCACGGGCCUGGCGGCAUCCUCUCUCUCUUCCUCCCUCUCGCUUCGCUCGCUCGCUCUCGUACCUCCCGUUCUGUCAUUCUCUGUCUCGCUCUUUCCCCCCUCUCUCUCGUUCGACAGUCUAUCUGUCUCUCUCCCCCCUCUCUUUCUGUCGCUCUUUCAUUCACCUGACUCUUGACGCGAGCAGUGCGUUACAUAGCACGGGGGUGAUACCGGUCGCCAGUCGAGGUACUGGUCGCGGACACCGCAGCCGUGGUUGAGGUUAGGUCGACGGACCUGUCGGGUCGUAGUAGUGGCGGGACGCGGCGCGGCGGAUUUGAAUUUUCGAACCCGCGGUUACCCGCGCCGUGCUUUUACGCGGUAUUCCACCGCGGGGUACCCGCAGAUCGAUUCGCGCGCGUGUCGCAUUCGGAGGAUCGCGGACCGUCGUCGCCGUCGUCGCCGUCCUCGUCGUCGUUGUUUUCCUGCCGGACGGCUGCGGACGGGUUUCGUGAUUGUCGUCUCGUCCACGGCAACCACGGGCAGCCGUUGCGCGCGCCUGCAGAUUAGGUGAGGCGACGUUAGACCGGACGCGCGUUUUUCGAAAACGAACGAAAACGUUCUUGUGAGGACCAUGCGCCGCGAGUUUUUAUCGUCGUCGUCGCCGCCGCCGCCACCGCCGUCGUCAUCAUUGACACUGUUACUGUCGCCGAGGUCGCACUCGCGUCUGGUGGAAACGCGCAGCGACGGAGACGAGCAGCGGGACCUGUGAGGUUUCUGUGAAUGUUCUCGGACAGCCGCGUGCCGCGGCUAGCCGCCGCGCAUCAGUUUCUCAGUGCACACGAGGAAAACAUGGAUAAUUCUGCGUACGUACCGAAUCACCUACCGCCGCCGUCUCUGGUCGUGUUCUCGCAGGCCGGAGGGCUGCCUGAGGCCUUGAGAAUGCAAAGACCAUUCAAUCCACAAGUGACCGAUUCGAAAGAUCUGCAGGUGCCCUUCAGCACGGCGGCGUCGCUGGGCUACGGGCUGCAUCACAUGCUGCAUCUGCCGCCGCAAUUCCUGCAUCCGCUCGAUCAUAGACUGCCCUUCGGCGGCUUCCGGCCCUUGGUGCCGUCCGCGUUCGCGCCCCCCAGCAAGUGCCUCAAGGUCGAGACCGGGAACGGCGCGGUGCCGGGGAACGGCGGCCUACCCAGCAUCGGCUCGCUCUCGAGCAUGUCGAACAUGUUCUCGCCCACGUCCCUACCGGGCGCCGGCGGGGGUGCGGUGGUGUCUGUAUCCGGUGCGGCGGCCGUUGCGGCCGCCGCUGCCGCCGCGGCCGGCCAGGAAGUCGGCGGGCCGCAAAGUCCGGCUGGUUCCGCGAGCCGCUCGCCCACCGGCACCGGCGGUACCGGUUCCGUGCCGAAUCGCGGUGCUACACCCGACGAAGAAGAUCGUGACGCCAACGCCACACCGGGAUCCGAGAACACCGAGCGAUCCACUCCGGAGGAGGGACGGCCGUAUAGACGUGAGUGCAAUUAA